AUGCCCUAUUACAACCUGUAUCUGGCCUGGCCCAUCUACUACAUGGUGAAGUCCUGCUCCAGCGUCUUGCCCUGGACAACCUGUGGCAACAGCUGGAACACCGACCUGUGUAUUGACAACGUGAAUACAACGUAUAGCAGAAACAAGACAGCCCUUGCAGGAAAUACGUCAUAUACCAUCACCAAAUCCGGAAAGUGGGAAAAUGUGACUCUGGCUCACACACCUGCGGAGGAGUUUUGGCACUACAAUGUCUUGGGUGUCUCAACAGGCUUGGAGGAUGUGGGGUCUGUACAGUGGCACAUUCUUGGAUGUCUCUUGUUUUCAACUGUCAUAAUCUUUAUAUGUCUUAUUCGUGGAAUCAAGUCUGCUGAUCAUAUAGACGCCAAUGAAGGUCACAGCAUGUCCAAUAACUUGAUCUGUCCCUCCCUGCAGGCUGUGUACGUGACUGCGCUGCUGCCGUACGUCCUCCUCAUCUCCAUCUGCAUCACGACGAUGCUGCAACCAGGUGCUCUAAAUGGCGUGUAUUACUUUGUCAUACCUGACUUCAACAAACUACUUGAUUUACAGGUGUGGCUGGAAGCAUGUUUGCAAGUGUUCUAUUCACUGGGAGUUGGAAUCGGGAUGAUUGGCACUGCUGCCAGCUACAACAACUUCCAUGAACCAUGCCUGCGAGAUAGUGUCAUAUUGACGAUUAUCUCUGAAGGAACCAGUAUCUUCUCUGGCCUGGUGACGUUUGCUGCUCUCGGGGUCAUGUCACAUAAAACGGGCGUUCCCAUUGACACUGUUGUCACAGGGGGUCCAGGAUUGGGAUUUGUGACUUAUCCUGACGCUCUCGCACAACUUCCGGUCCCUCAGCUGUGGUCAUUCAUGUUCUUUCUGAUGUUGUUCAUGGUUGGUUUGGAUACACAGUUCCUGAGUACUGAAGUCGUUAUUACUGCCCUGAUUGACCAGUAUCCGCGGCAGCUGAGCAAGAAGAGGAUGUUUCUAACAGGAGGAUGCUGCCUGACAGGAGGGCCGUACUUGUUUCAGCUGGUCGACUGGUAUGUGUUGUCUCUCGGGCCCAUGGUUAUAUGUACACUGGAGUGUAUUGUCGUGUCGUGGAUAUAUGGUAUAAGACGAAUCAGUAAAGACGUUGAGAUGAUGAUUGGCAAGCCACUGCCGAUGCCUGUAAAGAUCCUCUGGGCUCUGAUAACACCGUCAAUCUUGACAAUCACUUUCACCUUGACACUUCUCCGCUACCAGCCACCAACCUACGGCAAGUACAAGUUUCCUAGCUAUGCUUCAACAAUCGGCUGGAUUAUUGCAGUGCUGCCCCUUCUACCGAUACCCGUCUACAUGGUCAUGACUGUCAGGAAGCACAUGACGACCAAUUCCCUGAAGCAGAGUGUACAUCUUUCCUUGAGGCCAGAUGAUGAAUGGCGACCUGCGAAGUCCAAAAGACGGCAGGAUUACAUUGGUGAUUCUACAACAUAACAACCACCCCUCAAUAUUACGCUCGCAGUGCUGUUCAAACAAAGACGGAACUUUAACGUUUGAACGUCGUCUUUAUUAUUGACAAAGUACACAGAUCUAUCUAGCACUCUAUAAGUGAGUGAGUUAAACGCCGCCUUGAACAGCAAUAAAGUUAUGUACAUCGUGUCACCUUAAUGGCAAAUCCCAAAAUGACGCAGGUCUCAGACGUUAAGACUAGUGAAACCAAGUGCACGGACAUGGUGCUGAGCCACAAAUGCACCAACAGAUUGUAUGAAGUGAUCUGCGGCCAGGUGGCAGUUUCUGAAAUAGCCUGAGAGUGGUCAUGUCAUCUCUUUUCAAGUAUGUUCCUCAGUAAUGAUUGAAUGUUUUAUAAUGUAUUUGUAUUAACCAGUCAGUACAGCACAGAGGCGUUUCUUUCGUAUAUCCCAGAUCACUGUUCGCUGAACGAAUCGUAUUAUUUAGUAACGCUUGUUAUUUGUUACAUUCUUUCAAUUCUUCAAGACUCUAUAUUUGUAACAAAUAAAAAGCCAUAUUCGACUUG